AUUGUAUUGUCUGAAAGCUCUCAAGAGGCGAAUCAGCAGAUAUAUUUAGACUCAAUGACGCAGAUGUCUAAUGGUCUUGCGGCAUGAGAGAAUAAGGACUUAAGCAUUUAUAAUGGACUUAUUUAAUUCAAAGCAGCUCACAAGCGUUCAGACACUGUCAUUGUUUGCUCUGGCUCUAAAACUUUUAGAUUAUAUAGACAAGUUUGUGAUUCAAAUAUUAUGCAGAAAAUAACAAUUAAUAACAAUAAAUUAAAUAACAAUAUAUUUUCAACAUUUGAAAAUAGAUAUUAAAUGUGUGAGAUGACAGUUUAGGAAAGUCCAUAUUUAAAAAAGUCCAUUAUUUCUUCAUAGUAAUUUAUAUUUUCAGCCUGUGCAAAACAACAAAUGCUAAGCUGCCAUGAGUUUUUCCCAGAACAUCUCAAUUGUUCAUCCAGAAUACUUUUUCAUCACUGGGCUUAAAGAUGCACCGUACAGCACUUAUUUCUAUAUAUUCAUAUUUAUCACAUAUUUUAUUUCUGUAAUUGGGAACUUGAUGGUCCUUCUCAUUAUAGCUCUUCACCGGAGCCUGCACAGUCCAAUGUACAUUGGUGUGUUUAACUUGGCCUUGGCUGAUAUUGGUGAAACUAAUGCACUGAUCCCUAACAUGAUCAAGCUUUUUCUUUUUGACUCACGGUACAUCUCAUAUAAUGAUUGUUUGGCAAACAUGUUUUUUGUGAACGUAUUUAUUAUUGCGCAGACAUAUACUCUUGUUGUUCUGGCAUUUGAUCGUUUCAUUGCAAUCUGUUUACCACUAAGAUAUAAUACUAUAGUGAAUAAUAAGUUCAUGGCUAUAUUGUUUUCAGUAAUAUGGGCAUUUAACACCUUUCUUGUAACAAUUUCAACAUCUUUGAUCACCAGACUUUCAUUCUGUAAAUCCAAUGUGAUAGAGAGUUGGUAUUGUGACUAUGAGAGAUUGAUGAGUAUGCCAUGCAAUGACAGUACCAUUCAUCAGAUUAUGGUAUUCAUCCUUGAAGCUUUUUUCCUUGUAGCACCACCAUUCAUUAUACUCCUGUCAUACGUGGGCAUUUUUUUUGCUUUAUGUAAAAUUACAACUUGGGAAGGACGUUUUAAAGCACUAAAGACCUGUGUUUCUCACUUUUUGGUUGUUGGAUCAUUCUUUCUUCCCAUAAUAUCUAAUAUUGUUACUGGAUAUUCUCCUAAUGCCAAGAUCAUUGGCGGAACUCUUUCAUUAACUCUUCCACCAAUGCUAAAUCCCAUCAUUUAUGUUUUAACCACAGCUAAAAUCAAAGACUUAAUCCGAAAAAUGCUUAACAACAGAUCUGCACCAAUUAGAGUGAAUGUUUCAAAAUGACUGUAAUGAUCGUCUAUGUGAUCUUCAAUCACUGUGAUCUAAAAUUACAACAAUAUGUACUUUACGGAUAUUUUUAGAUCCAUUAAGUGGAAAAUAAAAGUGUACAAGCAGAAAAUAAAUUCAGUGUGCUGGAUGUAGAGUGGACACAUUAGACGUAUGUGUUGGUUAACAGCAGUGAAAUGUCUAUUUAUUUAUGAAUUAAUCCAUCUGAUUUCAAGUGUUUGUAGUGUAUGUGUUUGUACUGACCCCAAGACAAAAUGAAUUGAAAUGGCAAAAUAUUUAAGCAGGCAAUUUGAAUUAUUUUAUUGUUAAAAUUUCUGUCCGGAAUUUUAAUAACAGUUAUUGAAUACAAUGAACAACAGCAAAAACAUGGCAGAGAUGAUGGUAAUAAAAAAAGAAGCAGAAGAUGUGGACAGCAAUGCUUCAAUGUUCAGUAUAUACUAUAAUCAUUAAAGAAACAGGCUCACAUGCACAAACUGUUGCGGGGAGAAGGCCAGUGAAGGAAUAAUGCAGAUUGUCUGUGUACAGACCAAACCUGUGGCACAAUAGGGAGGCACACUUUUUAUUAUUAUUAUUAUUUUUUUUUUUUUUGCAAAUAUGGCAAGUUAUGGGUAACACUUUCUAUGUACUUUAUCACUGUAUUAUGAAGUCAUUUGCAAACUAUUUAUAGUUAAUUUGUAGUUAAUAUAUUGUAGUCACUACAUGGUAAUAUAUUAAAAGGCUGUAUACUAAUAAUUCUUAAUAAUUCUUUAAGAGCUGUUGUGCAGCCAAAAUAAUGUACCAGUUAUCAAUGUAAAGCUGCUUUGACACAAUCUACAUUGUAAAAAGCGCUAUAUAAAUAAAGGUGACUAAUAGUGAGUUCUUAACCCUUGUGCUGUGUUAAACCCUAUAACACUUAUGAUGUUCCGGGGCAAAAAAGGCCUACAAAAAAUUGCUUAUAAAUCUCUCAUUAUGCUAUAUUAUCACUGUUACGACCCGUGGCUCAAGGGAAGAAACAAAACAAGGGAUGCACACAAAAACAAAGGUUAAGGCUCAAAGAACCACUUUAACUACAGAAAAAGUUACAUUAAAUAAUAAAGCAUAAACAAAUAAUAAUAAUAA